GCUCCAGUCAUUGCUGCCAAAAUGGAGGUGGUUUCAGCAGAAGUCAACAGCUUGCUCCCUGAGGAAAUAAUGGACACCGGUAUAACUCUGGUGGAAGAGGACAGCAUGGAGGCGGUUAUUGUCUCGUCGCCAAUGGGAGAUUCUAUUCCAAUGGAAACAGAACUGGAAGAAAUAGUGAACAUAAGCUCCACCAGUGACUCUUCAGCUACAACUACAGCCACAGUCACCACAGAAUCAGUUACUGCACCCAGCAAUCACUCAGGCGAUGCGAUGGUGAACACCACAACCCCCAAAACUGAUGUGAACGCAGUAGUGAAGCCUACCUUUCCAAGUGGCCUCCAUAAACUUGGUGCUCAGACCCCUGUCACUAUCUCGGCCAAUCAAAUUAUUCUGAACAAGACCACCGAUCCUAAGAUAGGCAAUCAGAGCAUUAAACCAGAUGGGCAAAAGCUAAUUGUAACAACUUUGGGCAAGUCUGGCCAACCCAUUGUUUUAGCAUUACCCCACAGCCAACUCCCUCAGGCGCAGAAGGCCACGUCCCAAGCCCAGGGUGGAGAUUCCAAGGUACAAGGCCAGCAGAUCAAAGUUGUUAUUGGAGGUCGGUCGGAAGUGAAACCGGUUGUUGGUGUGUCAGCUUUGACGCAAGGAAGUCAGCUGAUAAACACUGCGGCCCAGCCUUCUGUUUUGCAGACCCAGCAAUUAAAAACAGUACAGAUUGCAAAGAAGACCCGAACCCCAACUUCUGGCCCAGUGAUCACCAAGCUGAUCUUUGCCAAACCAAUUAAUAGCAAAGCUGUUACAGGGCAGACCACUCAAGUGUCACCAGUCAUUGCAGGCAGAGUUCUUUCACAGUCCACUCCAGGAACACCACCAAAGGCAAUAACAAUCUCUGAGAGUGGAGUCAUUGGAUCAUCUUUGAGUACAACAACACAGCAGACACCGAAUAAAAUAGCUAUCUCGCCACUCAAAUCCCCUAAUAAGGCUGUGAAAUCAGCAGUACAGACCAUUACUGUAGGAGGAGUGGGUACAUCUCAAUUUAAGACAAUUAUUCCCUUGGCAACUGCACCCAAUGUUCAGCAGAUUCAGGUACCUGGAAGCAAGUUUCAUUAUGUCAGACUCGUUACUGCCACAACAGCCAAUAGUUCCACACAGUCGGCCAGUCAAAAUCCCAGUACGAAUACACAGCCUCUUCAACAGGCAAAGCCAGUGGUGGUGAAUGCAACCCCAGUGCGGAUGUCCGUUCCCAUAGUACCAGCACAGACUGUGAAACAGGUGGUACCCAAACCGAUCAACCCAAAUUCCCAGAUAGUUACUACUAGUCAGCCUCAACAAAGACUUAUUAUGCCAGCCACUCCACUGCCACAGAUACAGCCCAACCUCACCAACCUCCCGCCGGGCACUGUACUGGCACCAGCACCUGGCACAGGAAAUGUUGGCUAUGCAGUCCUUCCAGCUCAGUAUGUCACACAGCUACAGCAAUCAUCAUAUGUAUCUAUAGCAAGCAACACAGGCUUUACAGGGACAUCUAGUAUCCAGUCCCAAGCACGGCUACCAUUCAAUGGAAUAAUUCCUUCUGAAUCUGCAAACCGCCCCAGGAAGCCCUGCAAUUGUACUAAGUCUCUGUGUUUGAAAUUGUAUUGUGAUUGUUUUGCAAAUGGCGAAUUCUGCAAUAACUGCAAUUGUACAAAUUGUUAUAACAACCUGGACCAUGAAAAUGAUAGGCAAAAAGCAAUAAAGGCCUGCCUUGACAGAAACCCUGAAGCCUUCAAACCCAAAAUAGGGAAAGGAAAGGAAGGAGAAUCGGAUCGGAGACACAGCAAAGGGUGUAACUGUAAACGCUCAGGAUGUCUCAAAAACUACUGCGAAUGUUACGAGGCAAAAAUCAUGUGUUCUUCCAUAUGCAAAUGCAUUGGCUGUAAGAAUUUUGAAGAGAGCCCAGAGCGCAAGACACUGAUGCAUUUAGCAGAUGCUGCAGAAGUUAGGGUCCAGCAGCAGACCGCCGCAAAGACCAAGUUAUCUUCUCAGAUCUCAGAUCUGCUGACGAGGCCAACACCAGCACUCAGCAGUGGCGGGGGGAAGCUGCCCUUUACGUUUGUAACCAAGGAGGUGGCUGAUGCAACCUGCGAAUGCCUUCUUGCACAGGCAGAGCAAGCGGAGAAGAUGGGCAAGUCACAAGCUGCGGCAGAGCGCGUGAUCCUGGAGGAGUUUGGACGCUGUCUGAUGAGAGUUAUUAACUCUGCAGGGAAGUCCAAAAGUGACCCUUGUGCCAUGAACUGCUGACUCGUGCACAUGAGCCACAAUGAAGCGGACUGAACAGAACACUUAAGGCACAGGGACACUUUGGUUUGGCAUAGAGGAUUUAAUAAUAUUUGCUAAUUUGGUGCUUGUUGUAAAUUGACCUGUGUAAGAUUGAAACAAGAAAAUCUUUUGUAACAAGA